CUGUCCGGACAGGUUGUGUCUCGUCGCCCGGCGAUCCACUCCCUCGCUCGCUCGCGGCCCUCGCUUCGGGCGGAAGCUGUGCGGUGGACUGUCAGUGGCCGCCUCGCGGCUCGAAAUGUAAGCAUGAAGGAAAUGUUUGGCAAAUAUGUACACGGAUCGGAGAUAAGCAAAUGUUGUCAAGAAACGAGUUGAUUCAAAUACAGAUCAGCCAGUGGCCAUGGACUGCAGUCUCUUUGGAACUUUUGAAGCACAGAUCUGAAUAAAUGUUCCAAACACUGACCAGUUUCUCGACAGGAAAUCGAAGAUGCAAAGACUAUGUCGGAUAUGACUUUAUCAGCUUCAAAAGGGCGGCUGAUCAGCAGAUGUCGUCAACGUCGAAGCGGAGGGGCGGCUGCUGACUCCGCAUCCGAGUGAAGAGGAAGGCCAGCGGUCAGUAGCGGUGUCUCUCCGACCGUGGGAGCCUUUGUCAGGGCCGGCGGACUUGCGCGCUCAGGAGACGGAUCGGAAAACAGGCUGUUUGGCGCCGGCGGAGCUGGGCAGGGCACAGCGACUGAAACAUACAGGCUGAUUUGCUUCUUCCGUUACGAAUCUCGCCGCAGUGCAGCUGUGGAUUGUGAUUGGUCAAACCAUCUGUAAAGACAACCAAUGGGAGGCUCUGGAGUCUGGAUGUACUUGCUCCUUUUUUGUUCUCUCUACGGGGUCUCGGCGCUGCAGAUCACGAGCAUCUUCGUGCCGCGGACGGCGCGCAGCGGAGACACCGUGCGCCUCACGUGCAACUUCGAGCUGAACGGCGACGAGCUCUACUCGCUCGCCUGGUGGAAGGACGACAAGAUGUUCUACACGUUCAUCUCCAAGAACGAGCCGCCCAAGGCCGUCUACAACGCCCCGGGCAUCACCGUGGACGUGUCGCAGGAGACGGUGGUGGUGUACCCCGGCGAGGUGGACGCGGAGGGGCGCGAGACGUCCAAGUCGGGGCUGCAGAUGCGCCUGCGGCGGGAGCACUUCCGGCAGGGCGUGCUGGUGCUGCGCUGCAUCUCUACCAUCCUGCAUAUGUACCGGCGCUCCGCCCAGACGACCAUCAUCGACGCGGACCACAUCCAGAGCUCCCCGCGGGAGAGCGCCUCCACCGCCGGUGCCGGCUCCCCCUCGCUCCUCCGGGUCCUGCUGUUACUCCUGCUGCUGCUGAGUCUGCUGGGCACCUGAGGGCCCUUCGCCACGCGACGGAAAUGCAGAAAUGAGUGUCAGUGUUGUAUCCGUGUGAAUGUUGGUGUCGUGGCGGCGUCCGAGUGCGGUGCCUAGCGAGCGGCCCGGGCUUCGGCCUCGCGUCGCAAGAGGCAGCUUCGUUCCCACUCAACUCGGUGUUAUGUUAUUGCAUACUUGGAUGUCAUCAUUUAAAGAUUCAUUGGUGUAACUGCUCCUGAAAUAAUGUUUUGAGAAUAAACUUUAAGUAAAAUAAAGACGUGACUCUCUGU